AUGCAGGCUGCACAGUCCAUUGCUGGCUUGACAACUGAAACCAAGCAGACGACCGGCGACAUGCCGCCCCCACUUGUGGGAGCAUCUACCUCAAUGGUAGGCCAUCAUCUGUAUGUGUUCGGAGGUCGCCUGGUUUCAUCGCGCCAGAUGACAAAUCAUCUCUACAUUCUCGAUGUACGCACACUAGUGUGGGUGAGACACAUUGCGGAACCUGGUUCUGCUGAUCCUCCUCGUCCACGUUACUUUCAUUCUGCAAAUGUGUAUAAAAAUACCCUAGUGAUUUUUGGUGGAAUGAGUCAAUCUCAGCGAAGGGCAUCUCAAGGACUGUGCGCCCUAGACGACAUAUGCAUCUUCGACCUUGGGACGUUGACGUGGAGACAAUCGCAAAUUAUUCCCAGUCUAUUUAGCCCUCAAGCACGAUAUGCCCAUCUUGCAACUUGUGCUGAAAAUAAGCUCGUAGUUAUGGGUGGUCAGGAUAUGGAGAAUCAGUAUAUUCAUGAAAUCAACGUAUUUGAUUUGGAUCGUCUGCAAUGGGUUCACAACGGACCUCUUGAUCGCCAAAUAGGUGCUUACAGAGCGAUUGUGUUUGUACCUUCCAGAGUUGAUCCAGCUUUGGUUGGACACACGACGUUUUGGGAUAAAGAAGAACGACUUGAUGCAGAUGAUGUCCCAGUAUGCGUGUACUCAAAUUACAACUUUGCAGACGUCACUAGAGAACUUCAGAGCUUCUACCCCCAGCGCCCACACCCCAUCACUUUCCACGAUCAUUCAUCUGCAAUGUCCGGGACUGCUCUCCCACCUGGGUUACGUUUUCCCACAGGAGAUUUACUUGGACACCAUUUACUAUUGACUGGAACCUACCUUACCCCAACCCACCAGUCUUUCCAUAUUUGGGCACUAAAUCUUGCUAACCUUGUUUGGGUACGCAUUGAUUCAGGCCCACUAUUAUCUGGUGGAUCAUGGAACAGAGGUGUGUUGAACGAAACUAGCCAGAAAUUAUAUGUCUUGGGCCAUCGAGACCGUGAUCUUUUAGAAGACUAUAAUCACAGACAGGUAAACUUUGACCAUCUGGCCAUUGUGGAUCUGGAGGCCUUUGGGAUCUAUUCAUACCCAAAACCAACCUGUGCGCCUAUUGCACAAGAGCUCGGGCUAAGCAUGCUGAAUGAACCAAGUAUGUCAGAUAUGGAGGUCGUUACUGUA